CCAUCCUCGAAUACAUGUACACGGAAUGGCUCUACAAUAGUCGCCCUUUUCCACUCCUUUGUGGUUUACAACCGCAUCGUCACAGAUCACGCCGAAAGAAUCGCGGGAGCACCGUCAUAUUUGAGAACGGUCCAUGGCUCGCACUUGACACAUUGGUGGUGACAUCGCUCGUGUGUUCCAUGGUGAGGGAGGCAUAGUCUGGUCACAGGCUGCGCGGACCUCCAACGGACUCGUCCCCCGCAUAUUGCAUAUCAAAUUCGAGAUCGCCAGCAUGAUUCUACACCAUCGACGCAGGGAUGAGGAUUUAAGACGCUCGUGCCGCCUAGGCGGUUGCGUUGGGGAGGACAAUGCCAUCUCGUUUGAUCAACUUGGAAACCGAUCAACUCCGACGUCGUCUUUGUCGUCGUCGUCGGGGGAUCGCAAUUCGUAUCACACCCAAUCGACCGAGUGCUCCGAGACUCGUUCGAAACCGAGUUGUCUUGCCUCGCAGAUCUCGGAUAAUUCAUCGACCAUGUCUCGAGAUAUGUUCGCGGGCGGAGCCAAUCGACAGGAUCCUUACGCGUCGACAUAUACGUAUAUGUCAUCGAACAACGGCGACGAUGAGCAUGUGAGGGACGACUACCAGGACCAUGACGAUGACGACGACGACGACUACGAGAUGCCAGCAUAUAUGACACGGCAAUCAUGCAAACCCAGUGCGAUCCCUGCAACGCCGGCGGACUUUUCCGACUUGUUCCCGUCACGCCGCAAGUUGAAGGUGCGACAUGACGAAACGACGCCGGACGGUGAUAUGAAUUUACGAAUCGACACGCAGGUCAUCAACCGCAACGGCCGGGCAUGCGACAUGACUCUGUUCCACCUGCGAAUCCACGAUGUACAGACCCGCGAGUUCAGCCUCAGGCGAUAUUGCCGGGAUUCGGGGCGAGAGGUGUGCAAUUCGACUCGCAAGACGCAAAAAGCCAUCCCGCAACGGCGGCCGAGCCUCCAGCGGUCCCUCAGUAACGCGCUGAAUAGCCUGCGGCCGCGAUCGGCUGGCGAAUCGAAGCUAUCCGCCAAUGGGUUGAAGCUGCGGCGGAAUGACUCGGGCUAUGGAUCAAUGCACUCGGUAGACUUCCAACGGGGCGAUUCAUCCCGUUCGGCCCGAGACGAAGCGUACCAGAAAACCGUCUCGACCACCGCACCUGUCAAACUCGAGUUCUCCAACUACGCACAGGUCGAAGUGAAGCGACUGGGAUCACUCAACCAUAGGCGAUGCGAAUUCGAUUAUUGGGGCGCGCAUUAUUCGUGGAAGCGCGUCGCGCGCAAGGACUGCUCGUCGCCGUCCUUCCACCUCAUCAAGUCUGGCAGUGAGCAUGCGGUCGCCUACAUUGUCCCAUCUGCACUCUCGAAGGCGCAAGAGGCGCAAGAACGGAGCCGGGGAUUCUGGGUCCCACCGUGUACCAUGUGGAUCGCUGACGAUGCGACUGUUGCUGCACAGAAGGAUAUUUCCGACGUGAUCGUCGCUUCGGGCUUACUUGCUCUGAUCGACAAUUCGUUUCUUGAUCGUUGCCACCGGAAAGCAGCGACACGCAUGAGCCUGCCCGGCGCGGCCGAGGCCAAGCGACUUCUGAGCGAAUUUUUUCGUCGAGGCCCGUCGACGUUCGAUCACAAUGCCACCCUCGACAGCAGACCCUGGACGGUCUCCCAUUGAGCAUUGGUGAUUCGUGAAAAAUACCCUCGUUGAAAUCCCAUUUCCUUAUCUCAUCCGGCGGCUGCAUGAUCUUUCGCAUGGAGCUGAGCUGACGAAGCAUUGGCAUUCCUUUGACGUGUUCCUCAUUUCUUUGCUACCCGAUCGAUCUCCGGGCCAAAAUUGUACAAUCGCACUUAAUACUAAUGUGUAUCCGACUAAUGCAAGCAUCUCCUUCUUAUGGGAAGAUUCCGAUCGGUGAUGGUGCUGUCGUGGGAAUUGUCGCAUGUCCAGCCCGCGGGAUGAAGUACGAGGGCAAUGCGAGUGUUCGUCAUAUGGAUUUUUCAACGCCGCCUCUCGGCAGCCAGGAGGCGUCUUCGGGUGAUGCGUGGACGCCGAUGACAGCAGUUGCAUGACAUUGCUCCCGCACGGUAUCGCAUGCCAAUACGCUCGCUAGCUCGAUAAGAACGAUACGGAACGGCAGUAAGCAG